CAAAUCCUUGUAUUAACGGUAAAUAAUGCCAUUGGCGUGACACAUUUUUUAUCCCACGCAAUUUUGAAAUUUUGACCGCAGAUACGCCUAUUCAAUAUUCUGAAGAACCUUCUUCUAAAAACAUAGCUUAUAUUAAUCAGACAUUUGCCACCAGCGCUAUAAUCAGCGCGAAUGUCAAGGUCACCUGCUGUUUUCGAAAAAAUACCUUCCCAGCUUGUAUCCAUUAACUACUAAUUGAUAGGUUAGAAAAGUAUUAUUUUGCGGUCUGAGAGUCCUUGAAGUGAUAUAAUUGAAGGUCUUUCUGCUUACAUUGUCUUUCAUGUCCCUAAAAGGUUCGGACAAAUGCAAAUACGGUACUUUUAAAAAAUAUUUGCCAAAUAAUUUUGAGAAGUACUGUUGUAUUCAUGGUACUUUGCCGGACAAAAACCGGGUCCAUUUUGAUUACAUAAUUCUAAAAGUCGUGGUAACCGGCGAUUCGUAUGUUCGGCUGUAUUGGGCAAUGUGCGGAAUUUAUUUUUAAUCGCUGUAGUCGUGACAACCGAAAUGUUUUAUCAAUUCAGUUUCUGCUGGUAGGACAAUUGUGGCCUUAAUUAGGAAGUGUUUGAAAACUUUAAAUUAUUUGAGCAAUGUCAAAAGCGACAACAAUCAAAGAAGCGCUGAAACGUUGGGAGGAACGUGAACAACAAAGCGCCGUUGAAUCCAAAGUGGUCGAGUUGCAAUUUCAAUGGCCACCAAUUGAGAAAAUGGACAAUACGCUCAGUAAUUUGGUUAAUUGUGAACGCUUGAGCCUCUCUACAAAUAUGAUCGAGAAGAUUUUCGGCUUGAAUGGCAUGAAAAACUUGCGUGUGCUCUCUUUGUCGCGGAAUUACAUUAAAAAUGUAUCGGGAUUGGAAGCCGUCGCCGAGACACUCGUUGAGCUGUGGCUCAGUUAUAACUUAAUUGAGAAGCUGAAGGGUCUCUCAGCUUUAAAAGCUUUAAAAGUGCUUUAUAUUAGCAAUAAUUUGAUCAAAGAUUGGAGUGAGCUUACACGUUUGCAAGAAUUAGAAGCGCUGGAAGAUCUGGUGGUGGUAGGAAAUCCCAUAUCUGAAGGUAUGGACGAGGCGACCUGGCGCGCUGAGUGCAUAAAACGUUUGCCUACAAUAAAGAAAUUGGACGGCGAACCGGUUGUGUUGAAUGAGGAGCCAAUAUUAUAAGGCAGAGAUGACUUCAAUUAUUUUAUGGUCAAAUUGGCCGAUACUUUUUUUUAAGAAAGCAACAAUAAAGAUUAAUAUAAAUAUA